ACACGCAGCGAACGAGCAGUGUGGUUUCCUCUCUCCACUAGUCAAUUUAUGGGAGGAAAAAAAAAAGAGAGUCGAUCCAUCCAUCCGUAGAUCCGUCCGUACACCGGCCGUCGUGGCCGAGGCGGCGGGGAGAGCGACCUAGCUAGAGGCAGUAGACAGGUGAUGUGGUGGCGGGCGGCGACGGCGGCGAGACCGAAGUGGCGGGGAAGACGACAGUCGAGGGGACCUAGGCGCGCCCCCCCUCCUCCUCUUCCUCUCCCUCGAUGCCGCCAAAACGCGCUGCCAGCGACGGAGCCACGACCGAUGCCGAUGGCCGCCGGAACCGGACCAGCGCCCCCCCUCUCGAUCGCCGCCGCCCCGCAUUUAUACCCCCGCCCCCGCCUCCGCCUCAUCCACCACCUUCUCCGUCCACCCCCUUCCCGUCGCAGCAAGCUGGUACUGGUAGCCGCCCGUCGCCAUGGACUCCAGGGAGGAGCAGCCGCCCGCCGCGGAAGCCAAGCAGGAGCAGCAGCCCGCCAAUGGCCUCUCCGACCUCAACAACGAGACCGUCGAUCUGGAGCACAUCCCCGUGGAUGAGGUUUUCGAGCACCUGAGGUGCACCAAGGAGGGCCUCACCACCGAGGCCGCCCAGCAGCGGGUCGAAAUCUUCGGCCUCAACAAGCUCGAGGAGAAAAACGAGAGCAAGAUCCUCAAGUUCCUGGGAUUCAUGUGGAACCCGCUCUCGUGGGUGAUGGAGGCCGCCGCAAUCAUGGCCAUCGCCCUCGCGCACGGAGGAAGCGAUCUCAGGGGAAAGUCGAUGGGCGUAGACUACCACGACUUCGUUGGGAUCGUCAUUCUGUUGGUCGUCAACUCUACCAUCAGCUUCAUAGAGGAAAACAACGCUGGCAAUGCCGCUGCCGCGCUCAUGGCCCGCCUCGCACCAAAGGCCAAGGCGCUGCGUGAUGGCACCUGGAAUGAAUUGGACGCAUCGUUGUUGGUUCCGGGCGAUAUCAUCAGUAUUAAGCUUGGAGACAUCAUUCCUGCAGAUGCGCGUCUUCUGCAGGGCGAUCCGCUCAAAAUUGAUCAGUCUGCACUUACGGGAGAAUCACUACCCGUAACUAAGCAUCCUGGGGGUGGAGUUUACUCUGGUUCGACUUGUAAGCAGGGUGAAAUAGAGGCAGUUGUUAUUGCCACAGGGAUCCAUACUUUCUUUGGAAAAGCUGCUCACCUCGUUGAAUCAACGACUCAUGUUGGCCACUUUCAAAAGGUUCUGACAUCGAUCGGAAACUUCUGCAUUUGCUCCAUUGCCAUUGGGAUGACUAUCGAGUUGAUUGUCAUGGCAGCUGUUCAACACAGACCGUACCGCCAGACAGUUGAUAACCUUCUGGUGCUUCUCAUUGGAGGGAUUCCAAUUGCGAUGCCCACGGUUCUGUCUGUAACUAUGGCUAUUGGAUCACAUAAGCUUGCACAACAGGGUGCUAUUACCAAGAGAAUGACUGCAAUUGAAGAGAUGGCCGGAAUGGACGUGCUUUGCAGUGACAAAACAGGAACAUUGACGCUCAACAAACUGACUGUAGACAACAAUAUAAUUGAGGUUUUUACUAGAGGUUACGAAAAGAGUGAUGUCGUGUUGAUGGCCGCAAGGGCCUCAAGACUGGAGAAUCAGGAUGCUAUUGAUUUCGCUAUUGUCGCAAUGCUGCCAGACCCAAAAGAGGCACGUGCUGGCAUUGAAGAAGUCCACUUCCUUCCAUUUAACCCAACGGACAAGCGGACAGCUCUCACGUACUUGGAUGCUAAGGGUAAAAUGCACAGGGUUAGCAAAGGUGCUCCGGAACAGAUUCUGAACCUGGCAGCAAAUAAAUCUGAGAUUGAAAGAAAGGUCCAUCAAGUAAUUGACAGUUUUGCUGAGAGAGGGCUGCGGUCGCUUGCUGUUGCAUACCAGGAAGUUCCUGAAGGUACCAAGGAAAGUGCUGGUGGACCCUGGCAAUUUAUUGGUCUUCUCCCACUCUUUGAUCCUCCCCGCCAUGAUAGUGCUGAAACCAUACGCCGAGCUCUAGACCUUGGAGUCAGUGUGAAAAUGAUUACAGGUGAUCAGUUGGCUAUUGGUAAGGAAACUGGACGGAGGCUAGGAAUGGGCACCAACAUGUAUCCGUCAUCAUCAUUGCUUGGUGACAAAGUAGAUAGUGAUAUCGCGGUCCUACCAGUGGACGAAUUGAUUGAGCAGGCAGAUGGUUUUGCUGGAGUGUUCCCUGAGCACAAAUAUGAAAUUGUCAAGAGGCUCCAAGCCAGAAAGCACAUAUGCGGCAUGACAGGAGAUGGAGUUAAUGAUGCACCUGCUCUGAAGGUGGCAGACAUUGGAAUCGCGGUGGCUGAUGCAACUGAUGCUGCUCGUGGGGCCUCUGAUAUUGUUCUGACAGAGCCUGGAUUGAGUGUGAUCAUCAGUGCUGUUUUAACGAGUCGCGCCAUUUUUCAGCGGAUGAAAAAUUAUACAAUAUACGCUGUUUCUAUAACCAUCCGUAUUGUGCUUGGUUUUUUGCUCUUGGCGUGCCUUUGGAAGUUUGAUUUCCCUCCAAUGAUGGUACUUCUGAUAGCUAUCCUUAAUGAUGGGACCAUCAUGACCAUAUCCAAAGAUAGGGUGAAGCCAUCUCCGUGUCCAGACAGUUGGAAGCUAGCAGAGAUCUUCGCGACAGGAGUGGUACUGGGGACUUACCUGGCCGUAACAACCGUUCUGUUCUUCUGGGCAGCUUACAAGACAGACUUUUUCCCGAGACACUUUAAUGUUGACACGAUGAAUAUGAAGAGUAUUCAUGACAGUGAGUUGAUCGCCCAGAACACGGAGAAAUUGGCCUCUGCCGUGUACCUCCAAGUGAGCACCAUCAGCCAGGCCCUGAUAUUCGUGACGCGGUCGAGAGGCUGGUCCUUCACAGAGAGGCCCGGCUUCCUGCUUAUGUUUGCGUUCGUCUUAGCGCAGCUGAUCGCGUCCUUGCUGUCUGCCCUGUUGAACUGGGAAACAGCCAGCAUCAGAGGCAUCGGGUGGGGCUGGACGGGCGUCAUCUGGCUGUACAACAUCGUCAUCUACAUGCUCCUGGACCCGAUCAAGUUCGCCGUGCGUUACGGGCUUAGCGGGAGGGCCUGGAACCUCGUCACGGACCGCAAGGUGGCGUUUUCGAACCAGAAGAACUUUGGGAAGGAGGCGUCGCAGGCGGCAUGGGCGCACCAGCAGCGCACGCUGCACGGGCUUGAGUCGGCGCCGGGGCGGGAGAAGGCGGCGUCCACGGAGCUGGGCCACAUGGUGGAGGAGACGAAGCGGCGCGCGGAGAUCACGAGGCUGAGGACGGUGCACACGCUCAAGGGUAAGGUGGAGAACGCCGCCAAGCUCAAGGGCAUCGACCUGGACGACAUCAACAACCAGCAUUACACCGUGUGAUUGGUCGAUUCAUUGUGUUAGCUGCAUGUUUACAGCUGUGCCCGUAAUGUAAUUUCAAGAAUUGGUUCGUGAUAAAUAAAACUUGGUGGAUUUGUUCGCAAUAAUUAAUUAUGAAAUUAGCAGCUCA